AGUUGUACGAAGCCGCAGUUUUCGUGCUGCUACCUCAAAGGCGGACUCGACCUGCUCCAGAGUCCUUCGUUGCCGAGACCGGGUAGGGCCACGUAGCGGCAGAGUUCCGAGGCGCGCUUCCGAGUCUGGUAUCAAUCCCGCGUCCUCCCAUGAGUCAUCCGAAUCCCGAAGUAUGGCGUCAGCACAUUGCCAAUCAAGGCGAGCGGAUGCUGGCCGCACUUGAAGAUAUGAUUCGGCAAGUCAACCGGCAAGUCGUUGGCCAACUCUUUGGCAACGUACUGGACGUCUCGGUGCAGUGCCUCGCAGCCUUACCAAUGCCCACAAGCCGUGUCCUUGCCGUCAUACAAGACUUGCGGUACAUCUAUCACUUGCAUUUCCGCGCGGACCUGCCCCCGCCGCUGGCCUUCAGGAAUGCACUCCAAGCUUUCUCGCCGCUGAUCAACGAGCACACGGUCGCUCAACAUCGGGACCGGGUGUUGGACCUGCUAGAGCAGCUUGCCGUGGCCUUUGACAUCAACGACAACGUUGUUUUGCAAAUGGUGCAUGAGCUGCGGUACUAGUACGACAGGUGUUACCGUCACGCUCAGCGUCGAACCGGUCAAGGAAGAGCCUGUUCCACUCGACAAAAACGUAGACUCAAUAUGUAAUGUAGCUUGGUCGAAUUGUUGUCAAA